AUGGGAGGCUUCCGCGCAGUCGAGGAUCGGCCCACGCCCAAAGAGGUGUACAACUGGAGGCUGUAUCUCGAAGCGGCGGUGAUAUCGUUCGGUUCGUUGCUGUUUGGCUACGAUUCGGCCUUCAUCGGAACGACGAUUGCGAGAGACAGCUUCAAGAGAGACUUUCAGAUCACAGAUGGCGUGGCGAACAGCAUUUCAAGCAACAUCACCUCGGCAUUCCAGGCCGGAGCCUUCUUUGGUGCCAUUUUCUGCUUCUUGAUAACGGAACGCGUCGGCAGAAAAUGGGCUCUGGAAGUCAGCUCCGUAAUCUUUGUCGUCGGUGCGGUCUUAAUGACUGCAGCCACGAACCAACUUUCAUAUAUUUAUGCUGGUCGUGUUCUUACCGGGCUUGGAUGCGGUAUCAUCACAGCAACGGUGCCUAGUUACAUAGCCGAAUUAUCCGUUCCAUCCAUCCGAGGUAUUCUUACCGGUCUAUUCGAGAUUGUCUACCAAAUCGGGUCUGUCCUAGGGUUCUGGAUCAACUACGGGAUUACAAAGAACAUGGACUCGUCCAGCGCGGCAAGCUGGCGGAUCCCCAUGGCUGUCCAGCUGAUCCCAGCCGGGCUCUUACUCUUCGGCGGCUUCUUCAUCCAUGAGAGCCCCUUGUGGCUCAUGCGCAAGGACAAGGAGGAGCAGGUCUUCAAGAACCUGCAGUAUCUCCGCCAGAUCCCUCCAGAGCACCAGUAUAUGCAAGAGGAGGUGCAAAUGAUGCGAGAUAGGCUUGCUGAAGAGGCCGCCGUCUCUAAACAAUACGGUACCGGUGCAUGGGCAUUCUUCCGUGGAGCGAUGAGUGAACUGUCCCAAAAGGGGAUGAGAAACCGCGUGUGGCUCAUCUUUUGCGCCUUCGCUCUCCAGAACAUGGGCGGUGCUGGAGCCAUCAACUACUAUUCUCCAACUUUGUUUGGCUCGCUGGGGAUCACAGACGUCACGCUGUAUACCGCCAUUGCAUCUCUUAUCUUCUACAUCUUCUUGAUUGAUAUGUGGGGACGUCGCUACCCUACAAUUCUGUCGUCGCUCGGCUGUGCCCUGUGCCUUUUCUAUAUCGGCGCAUACGUAAAAAUUGGCCAUCCAGCAGAUGUCAUCAAGGCUGGUAAAGAUUUGUCCACAUCGACAGCGGCUGGUGGCAAAGCCGCAACGGCGCUUAUCAUGAUAUACUCUGUAUUUUGGUCUUUUGGCCUUAACGGAAUUCCCUGGAUUGUGUCUGCCGAGAUAUUCCCUGGCGCUCUGCGUACUAUCACUGGGACUUGGACUGCUUGUUGCAACUGGCUUACGCAAUUCAUCAUCACGAAGUCGUUGCCCUAUAUCUUUACAUCCAUGGGCUACGGUACUUGGUUCUUCUUUGGCACUUGGUUGUUGAUCGCAGUGGUCUGGGCCUUUUUCUGCCUGCCAGAGACCAAGGGUGUCUCUAUCGACCAAAUGGAUUAUCUCUUUGGUUAUGAAGGUGACAGGCAUAGUUUGUCUACCGAAGAAAACACCAAGCGGCCUUCUACUGAUAGGAAGGACAAGGCAUUCGAGAGUGAACACGCCGAGGACUUGGACUAG